AAAUCGAUCAGAGGAAAAAUCUUCAGUAGCUGUGACAGGGAGGCUGAAAAGGCAAGUUGAGGUUGAUGGUACUGAAGAUGCCAUUUCGGGGAAGAAGCCAAAAUUGGAAGAUGUAUCAGAAGAUGUUAAUCUGGCAGACCUGAUGCCUCAAGUAAAGGUGCAAGCUGUGGAAACUGUUGAAGGUUGUACACAUGAGGUUGCACUUCCAGCAGAUAAAGACUUCACAGGUCUGAAGCCAAGAACUGGAAAACCUGCAAAAGAAUAUCCAUUUAUUCUUGACGCCUUUCAGAGCGAAGCUAUUCUUUGUGUAGAUAAUAACCAGUCAGUGUUGGUGUCGGCUCACACAUCAGCUGGUAAAACUGUUUGUGCAGAGUAUGCAAUUGCCCUGGCAUUGAGGGAGAAACAACGUGUCAUAUUUACAAGUCCAAUUAAAGCUUUGAGUAAUCAGAAGUACCGUGAGAUGUAUGAAGAAUUUCAGGAUGUUGGUUUGAUGACUGGAGAUGUCACCAUUAAUCCUACAGCUUCUUGUCUGGUAAUGACAACCGAGAUUUUGAGAAGUAUGCUCUACAGAGGUUCUGAGGUUAUGCGAGAGGUCGCAUGGGUUAUUUUUGAUGAAAUCCACUACAUGAGAGAUUCAGAACGUGGUGUGGUUUGGGAAGAGACAAUUAUUUUGCUCCCUGACAAUGUUCAUUAUGUGUUUCUUUCUGCAACGAUUCCAAAUGCCCGUCAGUUUGCUGAAUGGAUCUGCCAUCUUCACAAACAGCCUUGCCAUGUGAUUUACACUGACUAUCGACCCACUCCACUGCAGCAUUAUAUAUUCCCAGCAGGAGGAGAUGGACUCCAUCUGGUCGUUGAUGAAAAUGGAGAUUUCAGAGAAGAUAAUUUUAAUACUGCAAUGCAAGUGCUUAGAGAUGCAGGAGACUUAGCAAAAGGGGACCAGAAAGGCAGGAAAGGAGGAACGAAAGGUCCUUCAAAUGUUUUUAAGAUUGUGAAGAUGAUAAUGGAAAGGAAUUUCCAACCUGUGAUCAUUUUCAGCUUCAGUAAGAAAGACUGCGAGGCCUAUGCACUUCAGAUGACAAAGUUAGAUUUCAAUACAGAUGAAGAAAAAAAGAUGGUUGAAGAAGUGUUCAAUAACGCAAUUGAUUGUCUGUCAGAUGAAGACAAAAAGCUUCCUCAGGUUGAGCAUAUACUUCCUCUUCUGAAGCGAGGAAUUGGUAUCCAUCAUGGUGGUCUGCUUCCUAUCUUGAAAGAAACCAUAGAAAUUCUUUUCUCCGAGGGCCUAAUAAAGGCCUUGUUUGCAACAGAGACUUUUGCUAUGGGAAUUAAUAUGCCAGCCAGGACUGUGUUAUUUACAAGUGCCAGCAAAUUUGAUGGAAAAGAUUUCCGAUGGAUAUCCUCAGGUGAAUACAUUCAGAUGUCAGGUCGUGCAGGACGCCGAGGUAUGGAUGACAGAGGAAUAGUAAUUCUUAUGGUGGAUGAGAAAAUGAGUCCAACAAUUGGCAAGCAGCUUUUGAAG